GUCGCAGUGGUCCUCAGUACAUCAAUUUGCAAUCGCAACAUACACCACCUUCCUAGUACAAAAAACUGUCUUCCAACCACCACAAGAACAAAAAUGAAGCUUGCUACCAUCCUUGUCGCCCUUGCUGCUGUUGCCCUCGCUGCCCCCACACCUGAUGCCGAUACCACAACUCAUGUCAAGAGAGCCAGUGUCAGCUACAACCGCAACACCGUCAAUAACGUUGUGGCCUCUGACCAGAGCAUUUCUGCUCAGCUCAGGGAUGCUGCCAACCGCUUGCAGCAGAAUGCGAAGGCUCUUGCCAGUGGUAGUGGAUCGAGAAUUGCUGCUGCUAGGCAGGCACAUAUCAAUGCUGUCAACGCCGUCAAUAAGGCCAUCCAAGCUACCAAUGCCGCUGCCAGUGGCACCAAGCGUCUUCUGUAAAUAUCUAUCAGCCAUCUAUCUUAGCCAAAAUUUAUAUAACUACCUGUAGAUCUCUCUGAAUAUUGCAGACUUAUAUGUUUCCCAGGCAGACGAGGGAAUACAGAUACAUGGUACUCGGUGCUACCGCCCAACA